UAUUCAACCUGGAAGACAGCGAAACAAUAUUGCGCGUGCAUUUCCUCAUCUUGUGAUUUGUUGCUUUUUUUAAUUAAAUAAACUACAUUACCUUUCUGAAUCAUGCUUUCGACUGCUGUUCAGGCGUUGCAGAUACUGUAGAUCUGUACUGCACUAGUACUUCCUUGUUUACAUGAAUAGUAUCAUUUCUUUCGAGGUUCUUCGAUUUGAGGAAGGGGGACAAUGUUUCCUUUAACAUUGAGUUGUAUGAUUGCCACUGCAAUUAUCUUGCUGUCAUGCCCCCUGUUUUUAGAGGGUAAACAGCCGCCGCACAUAGUAUUCAUUCUAGCUGACGACUUCGGCUGGAACGAUGUUGGAUACCACGGUUCAGAGAUCAAGACGCCGAAUCUGGACAAACUGUCAGCUAAAGGUGUCCGGCUGGAAAAUUACUACGUUCAACCUUUAUGUACACCUUCCAGGAACCAAUUUAUGACCGGAAGAUAUCAGAUCCACACAGGCAUGCAGCACCAGAUCAUCUGGCCGUGCCAGCCCUACUGUGUCCCUCUGGAUGAGAAGCUGCUGCCACAGCUGAUGAGAGAGACAGGCUAUGCCACCCACAUGGUGGGAAAGUGGCACCUGGGCAUGUACCGCAAAGACUGCCUGCCAACACGCAGAGGGUUCGACUCCUAUUUCGGCUAUCUGACAGGCAGUGAGGACUACUUCAGUCACCAGCGCUGCAGUCAUGUCCCUCUCCUGAACGUGACCCGCUGUGCCCUGGACCUGAGAGAGGGGGAGGAGGUUGCUACGGGAUACACAGGGACCUACUCCACUCAGCUGUUUACUGACCGGGUUACCAGCAUCAUCGCUAAACACAACUCCAAAAAGCCCCUCUUCCUCUACGUGGCUCUUCAAGCGGUCCACGCCCCUCUACAAGUUCCAGAGCGCUACGUCGCCCCCUACAGUUUCAUAAAGGACCCGAACCGCAGGCUGUAUGCUGGUAUGGUGUCCGCUAUGGACGAGGCUGUGGGCAAUAUUACGCUGGCACUGCAGGAGACCGGCCUCUGGGACAACACUGUACUGGUCUUCUCUACAGAUAACGGGGGUCAGACUCUGGCGGGGGGUUCUAACUGGCCUCUGAGAGGAAGGAAGUGGUCACUGUGGGAGGGUGGGGUUAGGGGCGUUGGCUUCGUAACUAGCCCGCUGCUGAAACAACCUGGGACUGUCAGCCGCCAACUCAUACACAUCUCUGAUUGGCUGCCGACACUGGUGGGCCUGGCCGGGGGAUCGACCGAUGGGACGAAGCCACUGGACGGCUAUAAUGUGUGGAACGCUAUCAGUAAAGGUCACGCUUCACCCAGACUGGAGCUGCUCCACAACAUUGACCCUCUCUAUGUUGACAUCGCUCCAUGUCCAGGCAGUGCUUGCCAGGGGUUGCCUGUCUCUAAUGCUCCAGUGAGGCGUGGAGGCUCCACCUCCAACCCUUGGUCCUGGUCCAACUCAGGCUUCAACGUGUCUAUCCACGCUGCCAUCCGCAGCAUGCAGUGGAAGCUGCUGACUGGCUACCCAGGCUGUGACCGAUGGUUCACCCGUCCAGGCUUGGAGAACAGUUCUGGAACCAACAGUUCUGCUUCUGUUAAUCAUCUGAAGCCUGUGAUGCUGUUUGAUGUGGAGGCGGACCCAGAAGAAAGGGAUGAGGUGUCUGACCAGCACCCCAACGUGGUGGACAACCUCCUCAGGAGACUAGGCCACUACCUGCAGAGGUCUCAGCCAAUCACCUUCCCUGAUGACGACCCCAGGUGUGACCCUGGCACUGGAGCCUGGGGGCCCUGGGAAUAGACACAAUGGUGGGGAUGACGAUGAAGGAGAAGUGUAAAGUGCCAGAUUCCAGCUAUGAAGAGACAUGAAUAGAAUUCAAGAUCUCAAUGGUCACUUUUCCUCCGGGUGGGUGGGUGGGUUGGUGGAUGGGUCGGUAUGCUGCAUCCAUAUAUGCGUGUGCUGUUGUGUGUAUGUCUGUGUGAGAGAGGCUGUCUGGUGUUUUUAUCGAGUCACUUUAAAAGGUGCCAUUUGAUGUUUUAUGGUGCAACAAAACUCAAAUCAGGUCAUGAUGUUCCUUAAAUACAUUUCCCUUUUAGUUGUUUUACCAGACGCUCUUCACUCAGAGUGAUUUACGGUAGGAAUUAGGGUUAAGUGCCUCAAGGGCACAUCGACAGAUUUUCCCCCUAGUCGGCUUCGGGGAUUCGAACCUUUCGGUUACUGGCCCAACGCUCUUAACUACUAGGCUGCCUGCCGAAUAGAAGCUAGUUUUGAUGUAUUUCAUGGAUGGCCCAAGCAGGGAAUACAAAGUGACGAUGUUUCAGACGUUACAUCUGACUUCUUCUUACAUCAAAGAAACCUUUUCAUGUACAAUAACUAUUCCGUUAUGUGUGCAGUAAAAAAAUAGGUAAGGUGAGUCCGAGUCGUUACGUCAACGGGGCUUAGCUACCACAUGUCGCUGAUUCGUCAGAACCCUCCUAAAUGCUUCAGGUAUUACCACCAAAGCUCCAGUCCCCUCCUGUGUUGGUGUCAAACAGGGCCGUCAACAGGAAGAAACCCGCGGGCUUGUUCAGCCCCCAUACUUAGAUGGUGAGAUCAUGGUAUCAGCAACAGCUGGGUUGUGGGUUUGGUUCCCACUUUGACUUAUCCCUGAAUGUAUGAUUUAUCGUGUGAAUGAGUUUCAUGUAAGUGGGUUUGGAUAUAAAUACUGGUAUGUGGUAACAGUAAGAUCCUUUCGCUAGUUGUAUAACUUAGCUUCGUGUAAUAACAAGCAUAUGAUUGGGGUCAGUUAACUCCUGCUGUGGUUGUCUUAGGAGUUUAUAAAUAGGUGCUAAAUGGGUUAGGAGUAUUUUAGGGGUCAGAGGUUAGAAACAUGAGGAAUGUCCCAGAUCCUGCUGGUAUGGCCAGAGACAUAACAUCCACGCCCCAAUCACACACACACUGUCUGUCUCACUAUCAGAGAGCAGCCUUGUGUGUGUGAUGUUUGGAUUCACUUGAAGUUCUAACUCUGUGCUACUAGGUGUCUAAAGAGAAUAUGGUUCAAUGAGCCAAUGAUAUAUUAACAUGUGAGACCCUCUCAGCAUAAUAUCAUGUUAAUAUGUAGUACACUUGUUAGUGCAGAAUGACAAACCGAUGUACACACAUUCCCCCAGUGACCAUUUCCAUCUCUAAGAAACGCAUUUCCUCUACAGACACUUUAUGACCCCCUCACCCCGCCCUUUGACCUCCCUCCGGCCAGCAGCAUGCUGGGUAGUCACAGGAAACGCCGCCUGCGGAGGGCCGACGGCCUGGUCACCAACGUGACGGUUGACACUUGGCCUGUAAUGUGAGCUGAUUGACCGCAGGAGAGGGACAAACUGUACCGCUAGAGACGUUUAGAAAUAACAAAAGAUGACAGUUGCAUGGCCCGGAUUUUUACCGCACCAUAUAUAUCCUUUGUCAAAGAGUAAACGGAAGAAAGACGUCCUCAAAUAUUCUGUAUGUCAGAAGGGAGAUGCACAGCACUUUGGUGGCUAAACAUUGAUUUAGUUUAGAGUGUAGUCCCUCCCACUUAUCUCCUCAACGUGGUGGCUAAACAGUGAUUUAGUAUAGAGUGUAGUCCCUCCCACUUAUCUCCUCAACGUGGUGGCUAAACAGUGAUUUAGUUUAGAGUGUAGUCCCUCCCACUUAUCUCCUCAACGUGGUGGCUAAACAGUGAUUUAGUUUAGAGUGUAGUCCCUCCCACUUAUCUCCUCAACGUGGUGGCUAAACAGUGAUUUAGUUUAGAGUGUAGUCCCUCCCACUUAUCUCCUCAACGUGGUGGCUAAACAGUGAUUUAGUUUAGAGUGUAGUCCCUCCCACUUAUCUCCUCAACGUGGUGGCUAAACAGUGAUUUAGUUUAGAGUGUAGUCCCUCCCACUUAUCUCCUCAACGUGGUGGCUAAACAGUGAUUUAGUUUAGAGUGUAGUCCCUCCCACUUAUCUCCUCAACGUGGUGGCUAAACAGUGAUUUAGUUUAGAGUGUAGUCCCUCCCACUUAUCUCCUCAACGUGGUGGCUAAACAGUGAUUUAGUUUAGAGUGUAGUCCCUCCCACUUAUCUCCUCAACGUGGUGGCUAAACAGUGAUUUAGUUUAGAGUGUAGUCCCUCCCACUUAUCUCCUCAACGUGGUGGCUAAACAGUGAUUUAGUUUAGAGUGUAGUCCCUCCCACUUAUCUCCUCAACGUGGUGGCUAAACAGUGAUUUAGUUUAGAGUGUAGUCCCUCCCACUUAUCUCCUCAACGUGGUGGCUAAACAGUGAUUUAGUUUAGAGUGUAGUCCCUCCCACUUAUCUCCUCAACGUGGUGGCUAAACAGUGAUUUAGUUUAGAGUGUAGUCCCUCCCACUUAUCUCCUCAACGUGGUGGCUAAACAGUGAUUUAGUUUAGAGUGUAGUCCCUCCCACUUAUCUCCUCAACGUGGUGGCUAAACAGUGAUUUAGUUUAGAGUGUAGUCCCUCCCACUUAUCUCCUCAACGUGGUGGCUAAACAGUGAUUUAGUUUAGAGUGUAGUCCCUCCCACUUAUCUCCAUUUGACACAGCAGGCCUGUGAUAUCACUAACUACAGCACUAACCACAACCCCCCUUUCUCUCUCACACACAUCUCUCUCACUCCUAACUGUGCUGUUUACCCAUCACCUCUUUCAUCCCUUUCUCCCUUCAUUCAUUAAGAGCUUUUUUUAAACUGUAACUCUACCUGCCAUUGUGUGUGUGAGUGUGAGAGAGAGUGAGAGUGAGAAUGGGGUAUACCGCCAGAGUGUGUGUCUGCUUUUCACAGCCGACACUCAUCACUGCGAACAACUGGCAGAAUAAAGGUGAAGACCUCCUGUGGUGCAGCGGUCUAACUUGCUAACCACACCGCUCGCAUUACAAAAAUACAUGUACACACAGUUGAAGUCGGAAGUUUACAUACACUUAGGUUGGAGUCAUUUAAAACAAAUGUAUUGUUAACAAACUAUAGUUUUGGCAAGUCGGUUA